ACAAAAUACCAUUUUCGCAUUGUUCGAAACGUAUCACAGAGCAACCUAUCCAGACAAAUAUUUCUUGGAUGAAAUUCUAAAUUCUUAAUUCUUAUUCUAAAAGUAUUCCUUGGAUGUACGGUAUCCAUAGAAGAUAUUUUAUUUUGUCAUAUCAGUUAUUUUGUCAUAACUUUGUUGUGGUUCAGACACUGUGUUAUAUAUAUUUGGAAAAACACUUACUUUUGUGAGUGUAGUUUUGCAUUCCUCAAUACUCCAACAAAAGUGACUGUUUUUUUUCAAAAAUUUACAAGUAACAUAGUGUCGAACUACAACAAAGUUAUUAUAAUACAAUGUUUCGUCAUGGAAAGCAACUUCAAUAAUUUGUCAGCUGUUACAAGUUUAUCAUUGUGAAAUAGAGUGAUUUGUGCUACUGUUAUUCGAAGUGCUUGAAAAUGCUGAAAUUGGUGCGUUCUAUGUUGCUGAUGGCUGUGUUGGCAGUCCUGUUUCGUACGUCAUUCUCCAGCUGUUGUGGUCUGAAUAAUGCUGUACCUAUAGCUGAUCUCUAUAGUGACUUGUCAUCAUCAACAGAUGAUGAAGGGUCACCACAUCGACGACGUCGACCUCCUCCAGCCGGAAAGACGGCCGCAAAAAAUGAUGCCAAGCAGACAUCUCGACGAGGACGACCUCCCCCAGCCGGAAAGACGGCCGCCAAGAAUGAUGCUAAGCCAAAGAAGACUGGCCACAAUCCAAAAAAAUAGAGGCACCAAAUCACAAAUCUAACACCCAAUGUAAACUAUUUACAUUGUAAUUCGAUGAGUGCUAUUGAAAAUAAAUAAUGAUGAGUUAUUCAAUUGCCAA